AUGGCUCCUCCUACCGGCCCUCGAGCGAGCCGCGGCAAUCGGUCGAGCCAGCGGGGCUCACGGGGUGGUGGCGGCAUAGGAAAGCGUCGGGGCCCCUCUCGAACCGAUCGGGAUGGGGAUGUUUCUAUGGAUAGCGUCAAUGCGGCCAACCAACCAACCGGCCCUUCCACCCAUUCCACACGUGGAAACCGAGGCUCCCGAGGUGGGAGAGGCUCUCGGGUGUCAACCCGGCUCGCCAGCAACGUACGCAAUCACGCAUCAGAAGAUGGCACCGCUCGCAGUGAUAAAUCCCAGUUCAGCAACAAAGUCACUCUCAAGAUUCACGGUCUCAACGACAGUAAAGCGUCCGGAAAUCAGGACGGUGGCCUUCGUUCGCUCCUCGAAUUUCUCGAGCGGAAAUCUUCUAAAGGGCGUCCUGUCGUCCUCGGUAGAGGAGUGAUUCGGGGCGAGUGUGUGUGGCUUAAGGUCAAGCAAGCCGACGCGCCCCUUUUGUUGCGUCUGAACGGUUUCAGCUAUGCCGGCGCCUCGUUAACCAUCGAAGAGACCAACGAUCCGAUUCCUCCGCAAAACGCCCAAUCAACCACCGACGGACCCGGGCCUAAUCCGUCCGAGACAAGAGAAAAGUUACUGGCAGUCCUGAGCUCUCGCUACAACGCAGAACAGAAGCUCUUGGAUCUAUCAGCGCUGGGCGCCGAUCAAAACCUCUUCAGCCUGGGCGCUUUCCAAUCUAAGGCGUUAGCUGAGAAGUCUUUCAAGGUGUUGAUGAGUCUUACGAAUACGCGUUACGACAAUCCUGUGGAGAAGGAAGCGGGCAUCCAGGCGGUUACCAUUGCCAACAACGACAUCCACGACGUCUAUGAGGUUUUCACCCUAGCCCAGACCCUACCUCAUCUGCGCCGCCUCGAUCUUAGUGGCAACAAGCUCGAGGAUAUGUCAAAACUCGCCAAGUGGCGUCACGAAUUUCGCCGUUUGGAGGAGAUGCAUGCCCUUGGCAAUCCCCUUGCUAGUCUACCAAACUACUCGACCCAAAUGGUAGAAUGGUUCCCAAGCCUACAGGUCUUGGAUGGGCGCCGGGUCAGGACUCCCGAAGAGGCUGCAGAGGCCUUCAAGUCGUGGUUUCCUACUCCGCUUCCCCGUCUCCCAUCCAACCUGCGAGAUGGGGGUAACAACGUAGCGAGCACAUUCAUCCGUGGUUUCUUCACCACGUAUGACCAGGACCGCGUUUCUCUGGCCAGGCAGUUCUACGAUGACGACUCUGCCUUUUCCCUCAGGACCGGCGCAGAGCCUGUCCCAGACACCUACGACAACUUCUCCAGGAAUCUAGAAACAAUUGGCGUCCGAGGCUCGUCUACCCAGCAGCGGCUCUUUACGGGAAGCAACCUGAUCGCCGAACUCUGGGCCCAGCUCCCUGCGACAAGGCAUCCCAGCCUGGAUUUGGUCGAUGCGUGGCAGGUUGAUUGCCAUACUUUUCCGGGCUUGGCUGAGCCGUCUGGACAAGGCUUAGCUAUGGGCUUAGCGAUCACCGUCCACGGUCGAUUUGAAGAAAUUGACCCGACCCGACAGCUUCUUGGCACCCGCCAGUUUUCUCGUUCUUUUAUCCUCGGACCGAGCAAGUCUGGUGCUCCGCACCCCUACCGGGUCAUUAGCGACGAGCUCGCACUGCAAACCUGGGUACCGCAACAGCAAACACCGACCGCCGCCGUUCAGGCUCCGACCGUGACGCCUGCCCCGACAACGGCCGUUGCAGCGCCACCUUCCCGUGCUGGAUGA